AUGGCCAACUUUGCAGGCACCUGGAAAAUGAAGAGCAGUGAGAAUUUUGAUGAACUUCUCAAAGCACUUGGUAAGCCCAUUCUUGCCAUUUUGUCUCUCUCUCUCUCUCCAUCCCUCUCUUUUUUUUCUUCAGUAGCCUGCCCAGUGCAUCCCUGCGUGAGUUUUAGCCUAUUAUCCAUCAUGUGCAUAAAAAAAAGAAGCUUUUAUUUUCAUUGGGCAUGGAUUGCUUCACUUCCAACAGUAUGCUAAUUGUCUUCUCUUAUCUAAAAGGGUAGGGAAAGAGCAUAAAGCAAGCUGUUACGGGAAGCCUUCCCCUACAGAAGAUGUGUGAAAAAUUGGAUAUAGAAAGACAAUGAUAUACCAAUAGACAUGGUAUUGUUACAGCCGGGGUCCGGCUGCCGGCUGCAUGUGCAUGGGAACAACAUUAUUCAAGAAUUAAAGGCAGAGUGAAGUCGAAAACGUGAUUUUCCUGUGUUUUAUAUAUAUUUCCGCACUAUGAGGUUGGAAUAAUACUGUGAAAUUGUUUAAAUUAUGAUAAUGCCCUUUUAGUGUAAGAGCUUUUUGAAAAACCGCCUGAAAUUUCAGCCUGUUUUGGUGGGGUGGGAUGGAGUUAUGUUUCACUAUAUUGGAUCACUCCAAUAUAUUGGUAUCCCUCCACGGCGGAGGGAUACAUCCGAGGUGAGGAUUUACCCCUAUAUAUACAGUGAGGGAAAAAAAGUGUUUGAUCCCCUGCUGAUUUUGUACGUUUGCCCACUGACAAAGAAAUGAUCAGUCUAUUAUUUUAAUGGUAGGUUUAUUUGAACAGUGAGAGACAGAAUAACAACAAAAUAAUCCAGAAAAACGCAUGUCAAAAAUGUUAUAAAUUUAUUUGCAUUUUAAUGAGGGAAAUAAGUAUUUGACCCCCUCUCAAUCAGAAAGAUUUCUGGCUCCCAGGUGUCUUUUAUACAGGUAACGAGCUGAGAUCAGGAAUACACUCUUAACAUUUACAUUUACGUCAUUUAGCAGACGCUCUUAUCCAGAGCGACUUACAGUUAGUGCAUACAUUAUUUUAUUUAUUUUUCAUACUGGCCCCCCAUGGGAAUCGAACCCACAACCCUGGCGUUGCAAACGCCAUGCUCUACCAACUGAGCUACCUCCCCUACCCUGGACGACGCUGGGCCAAUUGUGUGCCGCCCCAUUGGUCUCCCGGUUGCGGCCGGCUACAGCAGAGCCUGGAUUCGAACCAGGAUCUCUAGUGGCACAGCUAGCACUGCGAUGCAGUGCCUUAGACCACUGCGCCACUCGGGAGGUUGGGCCACUUAAAGGGAGUGCUCCUAAUCUCAUCUUGUUACCUGUAUAAAAGACACCUGUCCACAGAAGCAAUCAAUCAAUCAGACUCCAAACUCUCCACCAUGGCCAAGACCAAAGAGCUCUCCAAGGAUGUCAGGGACAAGAUUGUAGACCUACAGAAGGCUGGAAUGGGCUACAAGACCAUCGCCAAGCAGUUUGGUGAGAAGGUGACAACAGUUGGUGCAAUUAUUCGCAAAUGGAAGAAAAACAAAAGGACUGUCAAUCUCCCUCGGCCUGGGGCUCCAUGCAAGAUCUCACCUCAUGGAGUUGCAAUGAUCAUGAGAACGGUGAGGAAUCAGCCCAGAUGUCACGAUCAUCGGAUAUAGAGGACCAAGGCGCAGCGUGGAAGGUGAACAUACUUAUUUAUUAAAUGAUACACGAACAUAACAACAAAUCGAUACGUGACGUCCACAGGUGCAAAACACAAACACUGUGGGAAAACCACCUGACUAAAUAUGGUUCCCAAUCAGAGACAACCAGCAACAGCUGAUACUCGUUGCCUCUGAUUGAGAACCACUCUGGCCAACAUAGAUAUACAAAACUCGACUAGACACAACGAGCACAAAACAUAAACUCUACACACCCUGGCUCAACUUAAAAGAGUCCCUAGAGCCAGGGCGUGACACCAGAACUACACGGGAGGAUCUUGUCAAUGAUCUCAAGGCAGCUGGGACCAUAGUUACCAAGAAAACAAUUGGUAACACACUACGCCAUGAAGGACUGAAAUCCUUCAGCGCCCGCAAGGUCCCCCUGCUCAAGAAACCACAUAUACAUGCCCGUCUGAAGAUUUCCAAUGAACAUCUGAAUGUUUCAGAGGAGAACUGGGUGAAAGUGUUGUGGUCAGAUGAGACCAAAAUGGAGCUCUGUAUCUUCCACCCGUGGUUUGUCGUACUUCUGUUUCGUUAGCGUUACACUACGACUCCGUGAGCAUUCUUUAGUAUAGUGGCUGCACAAACUGUAAUUUACCAUACACAACUUGCCGACUGGCUUGUUCUAUGUGUGUGUUGUGAAUAGCUUUAACAUGCUGUUCCCCAAGCCAUAGGCGCGAUUUCUCUGCUAAUUACCCUGCAGGGUUUUUUCUUCUUAUUUCCUCUGCAGAGUGUAAGAGUAUUGUGGUGGGCUUUCCACUACGUUGAGACAUUAACUUUAGAGUUUCUUAAUGGAGUUACUCCAUCAUAUGGUGCUGUUUUUGCUGCUUUGAUAUUAAACCGGCUAGGUAAUAUUGCAUUUGGCGUAAAACAAAAAAACAAAUAAAUCAAAUCCAUUACCUGGUUACACGGGUCUACCCCGAUAAUUUAUCACUCACCGGGUUCCUAUUCCUCCAAGCGGGUCACGACAUAAGCUCUCCGUGGCCUUGUUGGCUUGGCUGAGCUUAUGGCUUCCCUUUGUGACAGGUGUGAUGGUGGCAUCCCCCCUCGGGAUCCGCAUACCUCGUGUAUGUACUGCCUGGGUUUGAGCAAUGCGGAGAGGGCGGUGGAGCGCCCUACAGGAUGCCUGUUUUGUGUGGUGUUCGCAGAACGCCUGUGCCUGGCGCAAUUGGAGGCCAUGUGCGAGUGGGUCGGCCAGGCUCGGGCUCAGGUUCAGGCUCAGGCUGGGGACGAGCUCCCUUCCUCAGGAGUGGUGCGCCAGCGAGCUGUUAGUCCCUCUACUGGGCCCAGUACCCCUCCCAGGAAGCGUGGCCGGAGCCAUCGCAGGCAAGAGGCAGGAGUCGGACCGCUGGGACCACCUGGAAUAGAGGGCACAUGCCCUGCGUCAGAAGGUUGAUAGCUUCAGUGGUGACGACAGCUGUUCCCUGUUGGCCAGUGAUAGGCUGUUCCUGGGGGACGAUGCUGGCACUGUUCACCGUCAGAAGCCGGCAGCCAAGCUUCAUCGCCCCCAGCGGCUCGAGAGGCUAUGAGGAGCCUACUCACUCGGGUAGCCACUGCACUGGACAUCAAACUGGUGGACAGUGAUGACUCUCCAUCUGCAGUCUCUGCUGAGGUCCACGAGGCCUUGCAGGAGAGCUGGGUCUCUGCCAGGGGGUGCUUCCGACUCACAGCAGAGACUGGACCAUGGAGUUAUGGUGUGGGCGUGGAGUCACUCGGCCUCCAGGAGUACCCGACCACGGACACCAUGAUAGCUGCUAUGGUCCUCCCGGACCAGGAGAUUAUAGGGCGGAACCCGCGACUGAAUCCGGGACCACCCCCACCCCCAGAGUCUUUGAUGCAGACUUGAAAGCCACAUAUCGGUCCCUCUGCUCUCUUACCAAUGCGGCCAUGCUGCUGUAGGCCUACCUGCAGACUCUGUUGCCCCGGCUGCAGGAGGGCACAGAGGAGCUCCUCCGGGAAGCGAUGGAGGUAUCUCGCCUGCUUUCCCUGCUCCAGAGUGAUGUGGCCUGCGCCAUCGGACGGGCCAUGGCGCAGGUGGUUACCUCCCUGCGCAAUCUCUGGCUGGCCCAAUCCCGUCUUCCAGCUGCUCUCCAGAGCACAUUUGCCCCUCUCCCCAUCACCCCAGGGCUGACGUUCGUCACCCACAUGCACCCGAACGAUGGGGGGGUUCCCUCUCCUGCCCCAUCGCCUCGUGCUGAGGGACGACAGCGGGGAGGGGCACAGCAUUCAGUGAAGCAACAACCUGUCAACUGUCACCGCCAUAGGGACGUGCCUGGGGGACCCAGGCGCUCGGGGCGCCAGAGGAGAGGCGGGCCCCGGCUGGACCCCUGACACACCCUUCCCCGGCCGCUUCUCCCAGUCUCAAAGGGCAAAGUGGGAGGAGGGUGUGUAGUCCCCCUGGGUGAUGCUCGAGGGGUACCGACUCCAAUUCCGGUGCCGGCCACCCGUCCUUCAGGGGCCUUCGUGUCACCACGGUGGCCGACUGAUUCUGGACCUCUGCAACUUCAAUGGGUACUUGAAGGUACUGGAGGAUCCACAUGCUCUCCCCAGCCAGUGUGUUGCAGGCCGUGUCCAAGGACCAGUGGUUUGUGACGCUGGACCUGAGGGAUGCGUACUUCCAUGUUCUUGUUCACCCAGCUCAUUGGCAGUACCUCCGAUUCGCUUUUGAUGGGACGGCUUACGAAUUUAUGGUUCUUCCCUUCGGCCUCUCCUUGGCACCCCAUACUUUCACAAAGUGCAUGGACACUGUCCUGGCACCUCUCACGUCCUGAGGAUUGUUGAUCCUCAAUUACCUGGAUGAUUGGCUGAUUUGUGCCACGACCAGGACCCAGCUCCUGUCAGAUAGAGACACGCUCCUGACCCACAUUGGCGGACCCCAGCCGUGACACAGGUGUACACGGGAGUAAAUCUGUAAAUCCUCACCUCGGAUGUAUCCCUCCGACGUGGAGUGAUACAAAAUAUAUUGGAAGUUAUCCAUAUAGCUCACAUAACCAUGGUUACAUACGUAACCUUCGUUUUUGUCUGUCUGGUGACAUCACCAGGCGGCUAAUUAGUUAAUAGGUCAAUAAGAAAGAGAGUUCCAAACCUCUCUGCCAAUAACAGCUAGUUUUCAGUUUAACCCUUCCCACUCAGACCACUCCCAGACAGUCCUAGCUAAAUUAUUGCUUGAGAAAUUGCUCUUUGCUAAGAAGCUAUGUUUGUUUCUUAUUGACCAUUUUAAAACAAUCACAGUAACUAACUUAAUUGUUACCCAGAAAUUAUAUGAUAUUGACAUAAAUACAUCUGGGACCUUUAACGUUUAAGUAGGGCACGCAUUAGCAGUGUCAGUGGGGGUCUCUAGAGCCCUAUGGAAUUCUCUCCGGUUCUGCCUUGUGUUUUUUCUCCCUCACUUGCUUUUAUUCCUUGCUGUUCAUUGUUUAACCAGGUCAUUCAUUUGUGUGACUGGGUUUCUCGGUGUCUGGACUGUAAGCACUGUGCCGCUCAAGCAACAGGACCGGACAUGUCUUAUUUUGUGGUUUUGGGAGGAAUAUUCCCUAUGGGGCUGUUUUGGUUAGCUCGUUGCUCAGAGGAUGGUUUUGAGUUGUGAGCACCAUUAACCCCACGAGAGCCAAUGUCAACAAAUUUGCUGAGUGGGAAAACUUUUUUAAUUGUACACAGAAACAUUUUAUAGUACUGUCUUUCCAGGUACUAAUUAAGUUAACAUUACAUUUCAAGCCAUGGCUUUAAAACUGCCCAAUUAUUUUUCAUUCAUUAAUUUUAAAUCAAUUACCUGAGUUGAUUGAAGUUUACUGACCUUGCUUAGCCUCCACCAAACGGAUCCAGUGAACCACUGAGCUUUGAUUACAUUUUCCCAGUGAGAUGUCUGCCAACCCAUCACAGCACAGUUCAGCUAUAACCCAAUAGGGACCAUUCUUCCUGGUUAGGACCAAAUGGCUCAGAGAGAUCGCAUGCAUUCUGUCUUUUCAGCGCUUCGUCAAGUUGUGCCAACAUAAAUAAUAAAUAAAUAAUAUGCCAUUUAGCAGACGCUUUUAUCCAAAGCGACUUACAGUCAUGCGUGCAUACAUUUUUUGUGUAUGGGUGGUCCCGGGGAUCGAACCCACUACCUUGGCGUUACAAGCGCCGUGCUCUACCAGCUGAGCCCAUGCAGAUCAUUUGUUUCUUCUUGCAUAAGUGGCUGGUCAACUGAGAUCCAUGCAUUAGCCUAAUGUGGAUUCCGACGCCGCUACACUUGUUUCUAUCAACGUUCCUAUAAUCAUCUGUUGACUUGAAGGAGGGCUGCACUGUGGACCAUGAUACCGUUUUUUCUCACCAUGGCAGCACAAAAAGAACAUGCAGUGCUGUGCGUAGCUUAGCGCUCUGAUGUGAUGUCAGUGUACAUAUGCUAUACCCUGGUCAAGGGCUCGUUUCGUGGUCUUGCUGGUUGCAUUCUAUAGAUGGUUAAGGUUAGGACUACUGUUAGGACUUCUGUAGAUACUGAUCGUAGGCCAGUUGCUAAGUGCUGAAAGUAUCCAAAGCCCUUGAUGAUCGAUGCAUGUUUGAGGGCAACCAGAGAGGGUGAAAGUCUGGGAGUGAGUCCUACUACUUGGAUAACCCACAAUCCAACAGUGAUUCUGUAUCUGUGGCCAUUUUGAGGGUGAGAUGAGAUGGACAGUGCAGGGAGAGACCAGCAAGACCUGUCAGGGCUGUCCUUGAGUAGGAAGGGUGACACAUUGGGCAUAGGGGUGGCCAGACAGACUUGCAGAGUGGCACACGGCAUGCCAAAGCACUCCCCUCAUGCCAGGAGUUUGCCACGCGUCUCAGUCACUGCUUUACAUGGCCAGCCCCCAGAUUCUCCAAAACCCAAUUCGGAUCUGGCCCUGUCACACAACAAGUGUUUUUUUUUUUCUCCCUCGUGGCAAUCAGGCCAAAUACUUAAUCUCUCACAAACCGCAGUGCCAAAAUUCCUCAGAUUUCUCCUCAGGUUUUUAGCAACAGAUUUAUUGAGGCUACUCCCAAGGGCCCAAAGCAUUUGUCUUAUUUGUCUUUCUUUCCACCCAAAGUUCCAUAUACCGUUAUUUAUGCGCUGCAAUAUAUGCUUCUUGGCUAACAACCAGGGGCUGUGGAAACCACAGAGCACUUUCCAGAAGAACAAUGCUCUACUAUUAUGGUUUACCACAUUCAAUUGGUGUCUGUUGAAGAAAAGCUAUUCAUUCAGUUGGCCUAUCAUGGAUUUAAAAGUAAGAGAAGAGAGUCCACAAAGAUUCCAAGAGUGAGAGAGAGUUAGGGAGAGGUGGUGUGGUGAGAGAGGGGUAGGUCGGUGGGGAGGGUCAAGUUGAGUACUGUUUUGGGCUAAAUCUUGUCCAGACGAAUCUAAGUGGUGGGUGGUGUCUGUCUGUCUGAAUCAGGCCUAACUCCCUUUGGCAUCUGCCCCCGUCUCCCUUCCUGGUCUGUGCUCUGCCAAUCCAGGCGUGAACGCCAUGCUGAGGAAGGUGGCUGGGGCGGCUGCCUCCAAGCCCCAUGUGGAGAUCCGCCAGGACGGGGAGCAGUUCUACAUCAAGACCUCCACCACCGUCCGCACCACCGAGAUCAACUUCCACAUCGGCCAGGAGUUCGACGAGGAGACAGUGGACGGCAGGAAAUGCAAGGUAAUGUGGAAAGGGUAUCAUCCAUAGUGCUGUACAGGUACAUGUUGCCCCUUAGUAAGUGUAAUGCAAAUAGAUUUCAAUACAACCAUAUUGGACAUGAAGUCAAUCAUGCAGAAGUUUUGUCUGAUUUUGGCAAGUUACACAUAAUAUGCAUACAUUUUUCUACUCAGUUACAUAAACACUUUUCUUAGUGAAUCUUCUUGUUCAGUUCAAUGGCUUCCUUGACUACAUAUGA